AUGCCAACCCCGGAGGUCGUGUACACUUCGGGCAAGGAGAUGCUGGGGCAUGGGCCCAUGGAGCUGCACCAGGACAUCGCCACCAAGAUCGAGGCCGCUCUCGGGGAACCGUUUCCUCGGAUGGGAGUUCGCUUCAAGCACGUGUCGCUCUCCGCCGACCUGGUGGCGUUGACAACCAAGGACCCACAAACAGCCGAUGAGCUACCGACGCUCACCAACGAAGUCCUGAAAGCUUUCGCGUCGCGGUCGUCCAAGACGCGCGCAGUACGGAAACCCAUUCUGCAGGACGUCACGGGGUCCUUCCGACCGGGCACCAUCACGCUCGUGCUCGGUCAGCCUGGCUCGGGCAAGUCGGCUCUCAUGAAGCUGCUCAGUGGACGCUUCCCCAUGGGCAAAGCCGUCACUCUGGAGGGUGAAAUGACCUACAACGGCGUGGCUCGCGAGACGCUAUUAAAGCGCCUGCCGCAGCUCGUCAACUACGUGACCCAGACGGUCACGCACUUGCCCACGCUGACUGAAAACGCUCGUGCUGUUGACGCGGCGCGCGGCGUCUUCCAGUACUACCCGGACAUCACUCUACAGUCUCUCGGGCUCACCGAUUGCCAGAACACGAUCGUGGGCAACGAAAUGUAUCGAGGCAUCUCCGGAGGCGAGAAGCGACGCAUGACCACAGGCGAGAUGGAGUUCGGGCUCAAGUACGUGACGUUCAUGGACGAGAUCAGCACGGGGCUCGACAGCGCCGCUGCCUUCGACAUUGUCGCUGCCCAACGCAGUAUCGCCAAGAAGCUCCAUCGCAUUGUGGUGAUCUCACUGUUCCAACCGUCACCGGAGAUUUUCUCUCUGUUCGACGACGUCCUCCUUCUGAACGACGGUCGAGUGCUGUACCAUGGACCCACGCAAUCGGUCCAGAGCUACUUCGAGUCGUUGGGGCUGACUUGUCCGCCCGAAAAGGACAUCGCCGACUUCCUCUGUGAACUCGCUACUCCCGACCAAAGCGUGUACGAGUCCGUGCAGUCGAUUCCAGGUCGUAUCGCACCUCCACGCACUGCUCACGACAACGUCACGAGGAGGUGCAUGGCCGACGUAACGGAGUUCCAGCAGAGUCUCCUGGCCAGUUUGCGGACGCUUCUGAAGCGUGAAGCCAUUCUGAGCAAGCGCAACGACGCGUUCAUGGAUCUGGCGGACGCUCAAGUCUCGAUGGGCGUCAUCUUCGCGGCGUCCCUCUUUCUUGGUCUCGGUCAAGACGCAAACCUCGUCGUAUUCUACGACGCGCGUAGUGUCUUCUACAAGCAGCGAACCGCCAACUUCUACCGCACCGCUGCAUAUGUACUCGCGUGCUCGCUGAUCGAGAUUCCGCUGGCCCUAGCGGUGAGUCUCAUCUUCGGGUCGCUGGUGUAUUGGCUUGGAGGUUUGGUGCACGAGGUGGGGGCGUUCCUCCUCUUCGAGUUCUUCCUCACUCUCACCAUCUUAGUGUUCGCAGCCAUGUACUUCCUGUUGGCGGCAGUGUCACCGAAUCUCAACAUUGCCAAACCCGGACUGGUUGACGUGGCUCUAUUGGCUCGACCCCGUGGCGUGGACUGUGCGCAGCAUUGCAACUUGUGGCACACCGUCUCGGUGCCUGGCGGUCGAGGCCAGCCUGCGAAGAACGUCGACUUGCUCAAGGGGAUCACCGGAUACGCCUUGCCAGGGACGAUGACAGCGCUCAUGGGAUCCACUGGAGCUGGCAAAACCACGCUCAUGGACGUGAUCGCGGGUCGGAAGACGGCAGGCAUCAUCAAGGGCGAUAUCCUGCUCAACGGGUUCCCGGCCACCGACUUGAGCAUCCGCCGCUGCACCGGGUACUGCGAGCAGACCGACGUCCACUCCACCGCUUCGACGUUCCGCGAGGCGCUAACGUUCUCGGCGUUUCUCCGCCAGGACGCUACAGUCCCCGACAGCGUCAAGUACGACACGGUGGACGAGUGUCUGGAGCUGCUCGGGCUUGACGACGUCGCCGACCACAUCAUCCGUGCCAGCUCCAUGGAGAAGAUGAAGCGCCUCGCGAUCGGCGUCGAGAUGGCUGCGCAGCCGAGCGUGCUGUUCCUGGACGAGCCGACCAGCGGCCUGGACGCGCGCUCCGCCAAGUUGAUCAUGGGCGGCGUGCGUCGAGUGGCCGACUCGGGACGAACCGUGCUUUGCACGAUCCACCAGCCGUCGUCGGACGUCUUCUCUCUCUUCGACAGCUUGCUGCUGCUCAAGCGAGGGGAUGAGACGGUGUACUUUGGUGAAUUAGGGCGUGGGGGCAGCUCGAUCGUCCGGUACUUUGAGGCCAUCCCGAGUGUCCCUCGCAUCGAGAAAGGCUACAACCCGGCCACGUGGAUGCUGGAAGUGAUCGGAGCCGGUGUCGACAGCCACCGCAAGGCCGACCCAAGCGUAGCCACUACGCCAAACGGACCCCAGCAGGCGGGGAUAGCGUCACCACCGACUUUGUGCCUGGCCGAGGCCGCACUCUACUGGGUCAACCUCGCGCUGCUGAUCCUGUUCGAGGCGUACCUGGCGCAGCUGGCCAUGUUCUCGUCCCCGACCAUGGAGCUCGCGACCAUCCUCGGCGUCAUGAUCAACGCGUUCGGGCUCAUGCUCACGGGCUUCAACCCUCCGGCGCUGCAGAUCCCGGCGGGCUACAAGUGGAUCUACGACGUCUGUCCGCACCGCUACAGCUUCUCCGUGCUGGUGGCCAUCGUCUUCGGCGACUGCUCGGACGCGCAACUCGCCGAGAUCGCGCUCGCCAGCGCCAAUGACACGAGCGCGCUGGGCCUCUCGAGUGCUCACAGCGUUGGCCAUGCGCUUCGUCAACCACCAGCGGCGUUAGAAUCCUAA